CGCCCCGUUCCUCUGCUUUGCUCCUGCGCUGUGCGUACGGGGGACGUCGGGGGCGGUGCCGCAGGAGUUGCCCCUGGUAACGGGGGAGGCAGGAGGAGGAGGAGGAGGAGGAGGAGGAGGGACUCGGCGGGAGGAUGGGCUUACUCUCAAUCUUGCGCAAAUUGAAAAGUGCACCAGACCAGGAGGUGAGAAUCCUUCUCCUGGGCUUGGAUAAUGCUGGUAAGACCACUCUUCUGAAGCAGCUGGCAUCUGAAGACAUCAGCCACAUCACACCUACACAGGGUUUUAACAUCAAAAGUGUACAAUCACAAGGUUUUAAACUGAAUGUAUGGGACAUUGGUGGCCAGAGGAAAAUCAGACCAUACUGGAGGAAUUAUUUUGAAAACACUGAUAUUCUCAUAUAUGUAAUUGACAGCGCAGACAGAAAAAGAUUUGAAGAGACGGGUCAGGAACUAGCUGAAUUACUGGAAGAAGAAAAGCUAAGUUGUGUGCCAGUGCUCAUCUUUGCUAAUAAGCAGGAUCUGCUCACAGCAGCCCCUGCCUCUGAAAUUGCAGAAGGACUGAACCUGCACACCAUCCGCGACCGAGUCUGGCAGAUCCAGUCUUGCUCGGCUCUCACGGGAGAGGGCGUUCAGGACGGCAUGAACUGGGUCUGCAAAAACGUCAAUGCAAAGAAGAAAUAAAAUCUUGACGAAUGGAGACGCAGGAGCUGAGGGAGCUGAAUUCUGUCCUGAAAAACACUAAUUUGCUGCUUUCUGACCAAAUGUUUUUCCAUCUGUGUACAGCUACAGCUGUGUGAAGAGAGGGAACAACACAGUUUAAAAAGAAUCCCCAUUCCAGCAGUAGAUUUAACAUGAUCUCUGAGGUUCAGUAUCAUUUUUCAAAUAAAGGAAUUAUAUUAUUUCCUCUGCAUAAUUGAAAUAGUAUUAAAUGUCUCAAAGCACAUGAUUAGAAAAUGAGAUCUUUUAAAUGAGCAAGAGAUUGCAUUGCAGUUUAGGCAAUUCCAGUGGGCUUUUUUCUUUCAAAAAAAAAAAGGGGGGGGUGGUGCUGGGGAGAGGAAGAGGAAGAAGCAGCUUAGGCUGCGAUCAUUCAUUUCCUGACCUGUCCUUACAUUCCCCCAUGGUGUUGAAACUAAGACAGUGUUUGAUGGUGCUGGUCAGUGAUUUUUACCAUCAUCCACUGAGCCAGGGUUGCAGCCUGUCUGGGUGGGAAGCUGCUGGGCUUGGGGGCGGGGGGCGGAACGUGAAUAGCAGAUGAUUAAACCAUCUUGUCAUGCAGGUAGGAGACUGUAUGUAAUCCUCACCCUUUGGAAAGGAAAAAAAAGGCUUUCUUGCAAACAACUCACCA